GCUGGCUCUCAGACCUGAGUCUGAGCUCGUGCGUGUGCUUAGGUGUGAGUAUGCGCGCGGGAAGCCGUCUGAUACCGCCCUGUCACUAGUGGAGGAUCAUAACGGGACGAUCAGAGAGAGAGAGGAGGGGGGGCGGUGCGGCAGAGGCAUCAGAGGAGACUGGCUGGGAUGCUGAGCCCCCGCUGGGGCUGACCACACUGCUACGAUGCAGUGACGGUCUACGAGAAGAAGACACGCGCCCUGGGAGAGGAGGAUGGGGGGAUCAGAGCUGCACACCAAAGCGCACGGGUGAUGAUCUGCUGGGUGUAGACCAUGGCACCGUCUGGUCCGCGGAGCAUCAAGCGCGGCUGUCAGAGAGCUCUCUACUGGAUCCCAGUCCUGUUCAUCGCUCUCAUAGUGGCGUGGUCCUACUACGCCUAUGUCCUGCAGCUUUGCAUCGAAUCCAUCGAGGACACGGGAGAAAAGGUUGUUUACCUGCUUGCCUACCAUGUCAUUUUCUUCAUGUUCGUGUGGGCGUACUGGCAGACCAUCUUCACCAAGCCUAUGAAUCCCCUGAAGGAGUUUGAGCUGUCUCACUCUGACAAGGAGCUGCUGGAGCGUGAAGAUCGUGGAGAGUCCCAGCAGGAGAUCCUGAGGAGAAUAGCCAAGGACCUGCCCAUCUACACCCGCACCAACUCUGGAGCAAUACGUUUCUGUGACCGCUGCCAGCUGCUGAAGCCUGAUCGAUGUCACCAUUGUUCAGUCUGUGAUAAAUGCAUCCUGAAGAUGGAUCACCACUGCCCCUGGGUAAACAACUGUGUGGGAUUCUCUAACUACAAGUUCUUCAUGCUGUUCCUGGCAUAUUCUCUACUAUACUGCCUUUUUAUAACUGCUACAGAUCUCAAGUACUUUAUCAAGUUCUGGACAGCUGGAGGUAGAGCACAUUUCCGUCUGAGAGAGUAUCUGAAAGGCCUCCCGGACACUCAGGCGAAGUUCCACAUCCUGUUCCUCUUCUUCUCAGCCUCCAUGUUUUCCGUCAGCCUGGCCUCCCUUUUCAUUUAUCACUGCUGGCUCGUCUGCAAGAACAGAUCCACUCUGGAGGCGGUGCGUGCUCCGGUCUUCCGUCAUGGUCCGGACAAAAACGGCUUUAGUCUCGGCUUUACCAAGAACUUCCUCCAGGUCUUUGGUGACGAGGCCAAAUACUGGCCUGUUCCCAUUUUCUCCAGUUUAGGGGAUGGCUGCUCGUUUCCAACCUGCCUGGUGAAUCUGGACCCUGAGCAGCCCUCAUCGCCUGCUGGAUCCAGCUCUGCCAACAAGAGUGCAGCAGAGGGCCGCCAGUUCCCCUCUAAGCCCCUCAGAGAGAGUCAGAGCAGACUGCUCACCAGCACCCCCUCCUGGUCAGAGAGUGAAGGUGCAAGAGACAAAGACAAGAAGGGCAAGAUCAUAACACAAUAAUCCAAUUUCACAUCU